GAGGCGGCGGCGGCGGCGGCGGCGGCAGCGGCGGCGGCGGCGGCUGCGGGCAGAGCGCAGGGCGCACGGCACUGGGCGAUCGCCGUCGGGGCUCGGGCGGUGGGCAGCGGGCUCAGGCUCCCCGGUGCCCGCCCCUCCGCUGCGGGGGGGGGCGCAAGCGGGUGGCCGGGGAGGGGCCGGCACCGCCGCCGCAAAAUGAGCCUGCUGUCGGCCAUCGACACGAGCGCCGCUUCGGUGUACCAGCCCGCCCAGCUGCUCAACUGGGUCUACCUGUCGCUUCAGGACACGCACCAGGCGAGCGCCUUUGAUGCUUUUCGGCCCGAACCGCCCGCCGGCGCCGCGCCCCCAGAGCUGGCCUUCGGGAAGGGCCGCCCGGAGCAGCUGGGCUCGCCCCUGCACUCCAGCUAUCUCAACAGCUUCUUCCAGCUGCAGCGCGGAGAGGCGCCAAGCAGCAGCAUGUACAAGAGCGCCUCGCCCUACGGCUCCCUCAACAACAUCGCCGAUGGCCUCAGCUCCCUCACUGAGCACUUCUCGGACCUGACCCUCACCUCUGAGACCCGCAAGCCCAGCAAGCGGCCCCCACCCAACUACCUGUGCCACCUGUGCUUCAACAAAGGACACUACAUCAAGGACUGCCCCCAGGCACGUCCCAAAGGUGAGGGUCUGACCCCGUACCAGGGCAAAAAGCGCUGUUUCGGCGAGUACAAGUGUCCCAAGUGCAAGAGAAAAUGGAUGAGCGGGAACUCGUGGGCCAACAUGGGGCAGGAGUGCAUUAAGUGCCACAUCAACGUGUAUCCGCACAAGCAGAGACCCCUGGAGAAGCCCGACGGCCUGGAUGUGUCCGACCAGAGCAAGGAGCACCCCCAGCACCUCUGCGAGAAGUGCAAGGUCCUGGGCUACUACUGUCGCCGGGUGCAGUGAGCCGGCCCCCGCCGCUGCAGGAGACGCCCCUCCCUGUCCACCCGCCUUGCCGCGUGUCCUUGUGCGCGUGGGGGCAGCCUCACGGCCUUACGCGCCGGGCAUGGGUGUCUUACGCUCUCGUCUCGUGUGUGCUGACAGUGUUACGGAUGCGGCCGCCCCCACAGAACGCCGGGUCUGCCCCCCAGGUGGGCCUGGGGUCUGUGUGCAGGGAACGGGGUGAGCAGAGGUCAGCACCCAGGACCCCAUAAAGCCCUUGGUGUCCCCUUGCCGGCGGUCUUCCUCUGAGACUCCCUUUGGGGUGAGCAGCCUUGUAUUGGCCACAAGUGCACUAAAUGUACUGUGAAUCCCAAAGCCUGCAGGGGACUGUCUCCCCAAGACUAGCCAGGCCUCCUUCUCUACCCAGAACCUUCCAGUUUGCCCUGUGUGCAAAGCCACUCUCAGAGAGCCCUAUGUUUCUGUCCUGUUUGAGUCAGCAAUCCUGGCGAGCUGAUACCUGUUCUAGCAGCUGCUGGGGAGUGGGCAUCUCUGCCCCCUGCCCACCAUGAGCCCCAAACCCCACUGCCUAUGACGACAUUAACAUUGCACAACCUAGGGAGGAGCUGAAUGUUGGACAGGGUUCCACGGUGUGACCUGGGGCACAUCAGAUAACACCUUCCCCUGCCCCCCACCACACACUUCUCCCACUUGGGAUUGGAUUUUGUCAAGCCCCUUCCCUACCCUUCUCCUUCACCCCCACCCGUGCUGGGGUCUACCCCCUGAUUGAGGCCUUAGGGCCUGGCGGGGAAGGCCCUCUGGCAGGACAGACACAGGCCUGGUGGUCUGGAGACCUAGGUUCUCGCGCCAGCCCUGCUGCUCACACACUACGAGGCCUUGGGAAGGACUUCUCAUCUCUGGCCCUCAGGGUGCCCACUGGUUAAGUGAGAGAGUGGCUCCGGGGCACACAGGCCCAUUUCAGUUCUGGUGUUGUGGGGUUCACAUGGAGCUUUAUCUGGAGAGGCCCACCAAGUGCCACCUUGCACAUGGCCACCUGUCAGUCACUUAGGAUAGAGUUGAGGGAUGCCGGUCCCUCCCCCAUCACCGCCUGUAACCCCUGUCCUGCCUGAUGUCCCCACCCCACCCCUGCAAAAAUGAGGGAAAAGGAUCCCCCCUCACACAGGGCAACCCCGACGUAAGCUGCAGAACCUCUCGUUUAUAAAAUGGGGACAAUGAUUUCCUACCUCCCAAGGGAGCAGGGAGGCCUCUGGGCAAGUCACACUGGUCAGGGAGACUGCUGUCCUGGCUGGCGGGAGGGGUCACGCUUGCCUCUCUCCUCUCUCCCCCAUGAGAAGCCUUAUUUUUACUGUCCCAUCACCCCUCCUUUCUCCCAAGGAGAGGGAGAGAGCCGGCCGGCAGGACUGGGUCACUUGAUUUUGCCCCAACAUUAUGCCUCUGUGGGGAAAAAAAAAAAAAAAAAAUCAGACCAUGAAAUGGACCUGAAAUUCAGUGUUUACCAUGGCUCAAGGUCACCCAACCGGGGCCCGGUCGCCUUUUGUUUUCAAAUGAAAAUGCUGUGUACAACUGAGGAGUUAUAGUGAAGUGAUAACCAGGGGUCCAGGGAGCAAGUUGAAGAGAUGGAUGAGUGCGUUUGCAGCCUGGGGGAGGGGGUUGCUGCAGGGGACAUGUCAGGGGGCUGUGCCCUCUGAGCACUUAACAAGAGGAUAUUUGCUCCAGCCUGAGCCCCGUGGCCACCUCCCUGCUGCCCACAGGGGCAGAGUGCCCAGCAACCAACUGUGAACACCCUCGCUUCCCACUGGGAGUGCCACUGAGGAAUCCCUCCGUGGUGGCAGGAUGAGCUGGAGUCAUCCCGGCCCAAGGCUCUCUGUCCCCAGGGAGAAGCUGUUCCUGUCAUCCUAAUGCACCACGGAAGGUAGUGUCCGCAGCAGUGGACGGUGCGCUGGUCUCUGCUGUGAGUACCGGGACCCAACCUUUCCAGGGACCUGGCCCCAGAGGGGGACCUUGGCCCCAGGAGGCCUGGAGACUGCCAACCGUGCUGCAGUGGUGGGGGCAGCCCACACCCUAAAAAGAACGCAGGCUCCAGACUACUAGAGUUCAGAGCCUUCCCUGGGCCAGUAGGAAAUGGGAUAUCACCCCAAAGUGACCUUGUCAGUAGGCCUAUCCAGCUGGUAGCUGCCGGCCCCCCCAUCUGUGCAGAGCUGGCCAACGUGGGGGCUGGGCCCUCCUGCCCGAGGCAGCCCCUCCGCACUCCCCACCCCUGCAUGGCUCUGGCUGAACGUGGGAGCUCUCCGUGGGCAGCAGGAGCCGAUGCUGUCCAGGCCGGGUACCGUGAGGAUUAAGUGCUCAGAGGGCCCGAGUGCCCAGGAAACAAGAAAGUGUGAGGUUUGUAUGUUCAAAAGGGACAAUCGCCUGCAGUCAGUAGAUCUAGUGAUCUAGUUGAGAGAUAACAGUAUUUAACCCAUAUGAAGUAUUCGAUAGUUCUACUUGUGAAUUUGUAUUUAUUUUGAGUUAUACUUGACACAGAAUUCUUUUUUUUUUAAGAAAAAUACUAUGUGUGUAUUUUGAAAAAAAAAUCAUAGAUGUUAAAAUUUCUUCUGGUUACCAAUUUUUCUCAUGACACUGAAUUUGUUACCUUCUCCCGAAAAAAAUCUUCACAGUGAUCUUUGUUUGUAUAUAUUUGAGGGCCUUUUUUUAAAAAAAGAAAAAGAAAAGAAAAAUAUAAUUGCUCGAUUUUUGAGAUUAAAAAAAAACAAAGGCAUUUUCAAAACUUUGGAGCUUUCAGGAGGGCACUAGAAUAUCAAAUGAAGAUUUCUGGAAGUAUUUUUGCAAACCCUCUGGUUGAGCUGCAAGAAAAUAUUUAUGGUGAGAACUUUUCUCUUUUUUCCUGUUGUUGGUUUUUUUUUUUUUUGUUUCGUUUUGUUUUUGGUUUGAUGUUUUACUAUGCUUUGAUCUGUAAAAAGUAUGCAACUGAACUACAUUAAGAAGGAAAUAUUGUCUACAUAGAAUAUUAUAUGAAGUUGGUACAUAAUUCUGAGGAGGAAAAAAAAAUCUUUGCAAUUCUUUAAGCCAUAUUGUUGUUAUUCUGUGUUGUUUUCCUUGGAUGAAAAUAUCAGUAUUAAGUAGCCAAGCAUAUUAUUCAAGUGCUUAGACUUAUUAAUAUGUUCGUGUCCUGUAUUUAUACGUAUGUGUAUUUUGGAAAGUAUUGCUUUUUUUUUUUAAGGGAAGCUAUUAUUAGAUACUUAGCCAAAAAGGGAAUAGUGACCCCUUUGAUCCUCUUCAGCUGAGGGUAACGAACACAGCAUUGUAUUCCAUUCUCUUGCACCUUCUUAUUAUUAUCUUGUUAUUAUGGUUAUUAACUUUGUCGGGGGGCAGGGAGUGGGCCAGGGGAAGAAGGGGCCUCGCAGUAUUACACAGCCAUCGUAGGAUGCCUAACCAGCCCCUCCAUGGUUGGCCAGCUCCAAAGAUGGCCUCCUUGGCCUGGUGGAGGGCUCGGGUCAGCCGGGCGCAGGAGGGAAGAGGAAAUGGGAGGCAGACUUCUCCAUGCCCCUCUUUGGAGCUUUGUCAUCUGAGCCACUCCUCUGGGCCCCAUGCUCUUUGAACUAGGAUGUGCCAACCAGAGCCCUUACACCUGCCCUUCAACAUCUAAUAGAGUUGAAUCUACUCUAAGUGAAUAUUUAAUCCAACAUCACUACAUUGUAGCCCAGUGCAACAACUAAUCCUGAAGUUUGGGAGGCGUUCCAGCUUUCAGGGAGGUGGCUGAGCCGUCCCCCAAGGGCUGGUGGCAGAAGGGCCCAUCGCCGUCUGUCGCCAACCUCACCGUCGGAUCUCCUCCGUUCCUGUGUGGUGACCCUGUCCGUGUCUGUAUCUGUUAAUACGUGUGUGUCCAGCUGAAAAGACAAACAGAACCCGUGGGCCCAGCUCGGAGGGUGCAUGGAGAAGGCUCCUGACCUCUCCGAAGGGCCGCCCUCGGGAUGGCAUUCCGUUGUGUGCCUUAUUCCGGGAAAAUCUGUAUACAGCCUGCCUAUAGCAAUAUAGCCUUCUCAUGUUGUAUUAAAAGAACUUUUAA